ACAUUUGUUCAGCUCAACAACGAUGUAAACAAUACCGGAUAACGAAGACCAUGAAGUUAUUGGCUAUUUAAAGAAUUGACGUGGACAAACGAAAUUUCUGAUCAAAUGUCUGACAGACAUCGUCAAAGUUUCUCAAAAUGUAUGAAGAGGUGAAAGACUACCUGAACACCAAACGCCAGGAAGUGGACAAAUCUCGUAAAAAGCCGGUGGGAGCCCAGCCCUCGCCCUGGGCGUUCGUACCGGGGGAGCCCAAGGAGAAUUUCAACGAAGUGUACCCAGGGAUUCUCCUGGGUAACCAUUUUAUAGCCAAAAAUAAAGAGGAGUUAAAACGGAAGAACGUUACCCAUGUUGUCAACUGUGCCCAGGGAACAAAGUUUAACCAGAUCAAUACGGACGAGGGGUAUUUCUCGGACACAGACAUCAAGUUCCUGGGGCUGCAGGCUCUGGACAUAGCCAGGUUCCCAAUGAGCAAGUUCUUCCAACCCGCGGCAGACUUCAUAGAUGAGGCCCUUGCUAGCAAAGGGGUGGUUUACGUGCACUGUAUGAGCGGAAUGAGUCGUUCCGGCGCCAUUGUCCUGUCCUAUCUGAUGAUUAAACGAGGGAUGUCCGUAAUGGACGCCGUAAAACUAGUCCGUGACAAGAGGGAAAUCUUCCCCAACGACGGCUUCCUGAAACAACUCUGUGAACUGGACCAGCAGUUACAGCAACAAAGAUGAACAAAUUCGUAACAUGCAGAACUAAAAACGGUCAUUUUCCGGCAGAGGUGGUCGGCCAUUAUUUUUUUAGUACGGCGUCUGCAGUUUGGUACUUCUGGCUAAUUCAACAAACGUUGCCAACAAAGAAACGCCUGGUUACAUGUAUCAAGAUUGACCAGUCUUUUUUAAAAGAUUUCAAAAACAUGUUCCAAUACUUGGAGGUCUAUCAUUGGUGCAUUUUCAUUUGUUGUCUUACGAAAAUGUCUGUAUACGUGUAUAUUUGUUUCUAUGAUCUGAAGCUUUUUACCGCAAAGAAAACCCUCUUAAAACAGAAACCAAUUUUUUCUUGUUAUUUUCACUCGUAUUCUCGAUUUUAUUGCCCAAGGACCUCUCAUCGCCAAGUACCACUUUUUUAUUAUUGCACAUAAAACUAAACGGUAGCGAGAAUACCGGUAGUUAUUUACUAAAUACCUAUUCUCGGCCGAUUUUACAACUCUACUAUUUAGCGAGAAUGUGGUUUUGGCCUGUUCAGACCAAUUAAUAAUUUCAGUAGAUACUCAUAUACUAAUUUUUCAUAGAAUAAUACUCAAACGUAUGCCCGCUAACAUCUUUAAGAGAUGACCAAAAAAAACAGCGAUUGUAUACAUUUACGUUUCCAAUUGCUUUUUUCAUGAAAUUUUAUAAAUUACUUCAUACGAUUUCAUUGGUUUGUAUUGAUUAAGUAAGAAUUAUAUGCAUACAUCAUAAAAGUGGCACUUCUCCUCAGAAGAUUUUUAAAACAAGUACAUGUACUUACAAGGAGUGAAAUCUAAAAUACGAUACGAUGAUUGCUUGUUCAUGGCCGUAUAAAGCCAUUUGCUAUCAGACUCCACCUGUUUAACAUAAUUUAAGCAAAUGAAAGUUAGUACAUGUAUUUGGUUUUCUGAUUAAAGUCACAUUGGUCUUGUCAGUUUCUGAUAACAGACUGAGUUAAAGGACAUUGAAAACAACAGGUCUUUAUCAUACAUCUGACAGUGGCUAAUCGAAUUUUUUUUUUUUUUUUACUUUUAACGUAACUUUUAAAUUAACACCGAAACUAAUAUCGGUAAAAAUUCAGUCAGAUAUAUAUCUCAUCAUAAAUGGGUAUUCAAUCACUACACCUGUUAAAUGCCAUUGUAUUCGAUUUUCCGUGUUCUUUUGAAAAAAAAAAACCCAACGAGAAAGUCAAUAAAAAUCAAAGAAAAUGUAAAGAACGCUUUUAAAAAUUGAGACGAAGAAAAUUUGUGUAGAAGCCAAAAUAAAUUUUUUAUAGAUUUUACAGGUAUUCCCUGUUGUACACGUGUGGUAUAGAAUAAAUAUAAUUGUCACUGUACAAGCAUCGAUAUUGAUUGGUAAAGCUCUGUAUCUCUAUUAUUCAUAAGAACCAUGUUGUGUGGUGUCUGCAAAAUUAUCCAGAAGGUUUGGCUUAUUUCCAAAGAAUACCAAACCUGGUUCGGGUUUUUAAAAUUACGUUAUCAAUCUUUCUAUCUUGUACUUGUUUUAUCUAUCAUGUAUUAAGGCCCUCGUGAAGAGCAAAGUAAACAACAAUUUAAAAACAAAAAGUGAAAUCUAUUUCAUUUAUCGUCAUUAACAUUAUUCAACUCGUAUAAAAAAAAGCGUACACCAUUUUCGUCAACAUUCUUUUUUUAUGUUGUUUUCAGAGAAAAACUUUAAACAAGGGGGUCUGUGUUUUGUUUAAGCGAUCAUCAAAAUUCCUUGUUGAUCUAGAAGGGUGCAUUGCACGCAAACCCCUACUUAAAUGAAAAUAAAAGUCCCAAGAGCGAUAAAAAUCAAUAAAGACCACAAUCUCAUCACUUAAACGAAACCUGUUGAUUUGACAAAAUUUCAUACAAAGCAAUGCGGUAUAUAGCAUGCCUAUAAUUUGGUGUUUUGGGCGUGAUUUAUAUUGAUUCUCGAAUACACCUGUAUCUUACGCAAUAAAAUCAUAAAUUUUGCAGUGAUCUAUCUUCAGAAAGAUUUCAAAUACAACGAAUGAUAGCAGUUUACCUGUCUGGAUUUUUUUCUGCUGAUUUCACAUAAGAUUUUCUGUGUAAACGUUGAAACCUUUACCUGACGUGACAGCUCAACAACGCAAUUUUAUAAACACUCAUGCUAAAAAACAUAUUUCAGUAAAUGUGAAAAAAUGGCAAUUAUAUGCAUAUCAACUGCAAUACUGUGAAGGUAUUUUUUAAUUGUAAAAAUACGGAUAACAGAUACAGAGUAUCAAGAUAAUUUCAUACAGUUUUAAGAAUAUAUGUAGCAAAGGAAACACAUUGUAUAUUUUUUAUUGGGAAUUAAACUAAAAAUAGCAUGAUCCGUCUCUAAAAUAAAUUAGACCAUACAUGUAUUGAACUAUCUAUCAUAAGCUGGUAAAAAUAAGGAAACAGCUGGUCUAAAACUGAUUGUUAUAUUUGUUCAUGAAAUAAGGUGGAUAUAAUGCGGAAAAAAUGAAUAUAUAUA